CCUUCCUGUCUCUCUCUCUCUCUCUCAACUGCUACGUCGUCGUCUCUAGUCGGAGAAAGAUCAGUUAAAAAGAGGGAAAAAAUCCGUUGGAGAAACCUCCGGCGAGAAGGUCGGAAUCCCCCGGUCGCCGCCGACGUUUUCGGAUUUAAUCCAACCCAAGGCAACAAAUCGGGGGCUUUUACCGAUUCAUCCUCGUUGGCUUUUUUAAGCUCAUCUUCUUCCCGACUUUCGCCCUUGGUUCUUCCCCCUUCGGUAAGAAUCCGCAGUCUGUUUUGCUCCCUCGUUUAUCCCUUUUUUCCCCGGUAAAGCUAGUUUUUCUGAACUAGGAGCUUCUUCGGUCGCCUUACUUAAAGGAAAAAACAAAAGGGGGAAAAACCCAACAAAAACCACUUCGUGAUUCAGCAAAUCAAUUUCCCUCUGUAAAUGAGUCAAGGGUGACGGACCCAGAAGCUUGAAACCUUUCAGUUGUGAAGUUUCAGCUUCUGGGUUUGGUCGUUUCUUCAAUCGACGGACAACCCAAUUCCCCAAUUUCUUAGUUUCUCAUCAGUUCCCGAAAACAGUAGAAUUCUUCAAAUUCACCCCACGCCUUUUCUGUAAUUUUUCUUUUUGUUCAUCACCACCUUGAAGAUUGUGAAUAGUCAGCCAAAAAAAAAAGUUGGGGGGAAAAUAAAAUAAUGUCAGUCGUCGAUGCGUCAUUGAGCUCCGGCAGAGAAGGAGCGGUGAGGUUUACCGGUUGCGGAGGUAAUCAUCACAACAGCUGCGGCUCCUUGCUGGAGGACUCCUCCAUCCUCAUCUUCCUCAGCGCAGCGGAUUCGUUCAUCCCAAUGCGGGUCCUGGAAUCCGACUCCAUCGCCUCGGUCAAACUCCGGAUCCAAAACUCCAAAGGCUUCGUCGUUAAGAAGCAGAAACUUGUCUUCGGCGGUAGAGAGCUCUCCCGGAGCGCCGAUCUGGUCAAGGACUACGGAAUCACCACCGGCAACGUCCUCCACUUGGUCCUCAAGCUCUCCGACCUCCUCCUCGUCACCGUCCGCACCACCUGCGGCAAGGAAUUCGAAUUCCGCGUCGACCGGUACCGAAACGUCGGAUACCUAAAACACCGCAUCUUCCAAGAGGGCAAGGGUUUCGUCGACGUCGACGAGCAGGAAAUCUUCUACAACGGUCAGAGGCUCGAUGACCAGCGCCUCAUCGACGAGAUCCGCGACACCAGAGCCGCAGACGCCGCCGCGAUUCACCUCCUCGUCCAGAAAACCGCCAAGGUCAGAGCCCAGCCGCUGAACAGAGAUUUCGAGAUCUCCAUCGCCGCCGCAACAAACCCUAAUCAAAAUCAGAACCAGAAGCAGAAUCAGGAGUCGUCGAUUGAGGCGCCAAAUCAGGAGCAAGCUGGUAGGGAUUUCUGGCUAGAACCCGUGAUCGUAAACCCUAGCGUGAGAUUAGAUUCAGCGAUUUGGAACAUGGUGAAUUCAACCUUUGUCGGGUUGGAAAUGGGUCACCCGCCGAUCCGUUCGUCGGAAGGAACAGGCGGGACUUAUUUCAUGAGGAACCCAUCAGGGCAAGGGUUCGUAUCCGUGUUCAAGCCCAGCGACGAGGAGCCUAAUGCGGUGAACAACCCGCAGGGACUGCCGGUGUCGACCAACGGGGAAGGGUUGAAAAGAGGGACAAGGGUAGGGGAAGGUGCGAUUAGAGAAGUUGCCGCUUACAUAUUGGAUCAUCCCAUUGACGGACCGAGGGGUCUGAACAAUGAGGUGAUGGGGUUUGCAGGUGUGCCGCCCACCAUUGUUGUUCAGUGUUUGCACAAAGGGUUUCAUCAUCCUGAAGGGUUCGAGUACUCGGCCAAGAAUGUGAAGAUCGGGUCGUUGCAGAUGUUCAUGAAGAAUGAAGGGAGCUGUGAGGAUGUUGGUCCAGGUCGGUUCCCUGUGGAGGAAGUGCAUAAGAUCACUGUGCUGGAUGUGAGAAUGGCCAAUGCUGAUAGGCAUGCUGGCAACAUUUUGAUCGGCAAAGGAGAAGGAGACGAUGGUGAUGGUGGGAACAACACUGUGUUGAUUCCCAUUGAUCAUGGCUAUUGCUUGCCUGAAACUUUUGAAGAUUGCACAUUCGAUUGGCUAUACUGGCCACAAGCAAAGCAACCCUACUCUCCAAAGGUGAUCGACUACAUAAACUCACUGGACGCCGAAUUCGACCUCGCCCUCCUGCAGUUCCACGGCUGGAACAUCCCGCCUCAGUGCGCACGAACCCUUCGAAUCUCGACCAUGCUCCUGAAGAAAGGAGUCGAGAAAGGUCUGACCCCUUUCGACAUCGGGAGCAUCAUGUGCAGGCAGACCGUGCACAAGGAAUCGGUGAUCGAGGAGAUCGUUCGCGAGGCAGAGGAUUGCUUGAUACCCGGGAUGAGCGAAGCUGCAUUCCUGGAAACCGUGUCUGAGAUCAUGGACUCCAGGCUUAGCAAGUUCAACAAAUAACACAAUGGGUGGCGGUGGUCUUAUCUGUUCUAUCUUAUCUGUUCUAUCUUAUCAAUAUCAAUCAGGUAUAUAUGAAUGGAAGCUUUUCUUUGUUGUAUGAUUUGGAAGGAAUAGAAACCAUAUAUGAGUUUCUUUUCACUUGAAGAAGUCCAUUUUGAGUUUGGACUCCAUUGAAAGGAAAAAAGAGAAAUUUAUCUACCAGUACCAGUACCAGUACCAGAUAUAAUAUGUUAGAUGUGGUUGUUAAAGAUAAAUCCUGUGUGUGAGGCAGAUGAAGAAGCUAUACAAAGAAUAGUCUCUCUGCAGUUUUUUCAGCCAAUUUCCUUGGAGGGUAAAAUUGUACUAUUGAGAUGAGGUGAGCAGAAGCUUAAAAAUGGAGAGAGUGAGAGAGAAAGGAAUGAAUAACAUGCAGUAGUUGCGUUAUCUGCUCGGUUUUUUGUUUCUAUGAGAAGGGAAAUGGUUGGAUUUGUAUAUGUGAUUAUUGUUAUUGAUGUUUCUUAUGGUAACGUGGGUUUUUAGGGCCAAUACAUGGAUUUGUAGGGGAAGAAGAUUAUUGCCCCGCCAGGCUCCAGGUGAGGAGUAGGCUAUUUCAAGGGUGGAGUACCACUCAGAUGAAGCUGUAAUCUUUAAAUCACAAUGUUAUGCAAAUAAAUAAGAACACCGUUAACCAACACUAUCCACAUCAGUAUAUUUUUACUUUUUAUUUAAAUAAAAA